CAUCGAAAGCUGUACUGUUUGCUGCCGCGAGUAAACGCCGAUUCCAGUCUGUCGCGCAGUCCGUCUGGCAAUCUCUGGGCCACGUAGGCGACCAAACCUUCGCUAGUCCCAUUCGGGCUGCACAGGUCACUCAAUCAAGUCGUCUGACCCUCUGUAAAUGCGAAAAGGACCCUGGAACCUUUAAUGCCAUUCACGCAAGCUGCUCCAACGGGACUCUGCUCGCCUCGAAUUGGUACCAUCAAGAAGCCAGGCACGCCUCAGGUCUGCAAGGGCGAGACCAGGCAUCGCGGGCUUGGCUUUACUCUGCACUUUGAUCUGCGCUCAUAAGGGCAGACACACGUGCGACUAACCCUGCUUUAGAGCUGGAGGAUCAGACUCGAUGCAGGCUGGACGUGGUACACAUCACUCCUCCCCUUGCUUCGCGAUUCAACCAGUUCACCACUGGAUCGCAUGUCGCACAAGCGCCUCUGCCGAUUCGCAGAGCAACGACUUCAUCUAGAGCUCCGCAUCCCCUGCGCAAUGAACGUAAAUUGAUAUUUGGAGCAGCCUCGCACAUCAGUGCCGCACUGAGGCCCGCGAGUCGCGAUGUGCGAUUCUUUCUCACAUGCAACCAUCGCCCUUCCGUUGAUCUGGCUACGCAUCAUUCCAGGCACCCCGUACAUGCUUACCCGGGUCCAGCAGCGCGUGCAGCAGGCCCUCGCACCCAAAAACCCGAUUAGCUUCGCCAAGCCAGGUGCUUGCGUUGUGAAUCUACCAGAGGUACAGGAGCAGGCCAAAUCAUGCUGGGAUGCCAGCCGUCUCAUGCGACGAAAGCUCUAGGCUGCGCAAACGGCUGCUCCACCUGUAGCCGCGCUGUGUUGCAUCUCAUCGGUUCUCCGUGCCUCGUUGAAAGUCCCUGGAAGUCGCAAGGAGGAAUCGGAAGUCUGGAAGUCAAAGCCCGUCCCGUCUCAUAUAAAGUUCGGAAACCCCCUCUCUUGUUUUCUAGAAGCCGCUCUCGCCCUUGAUCCCAGCUAGGCGACUUCGACCCUCACACCGCCUUGAAACGACGAUCACUGAUAACCGUUACUCCCGC